AUGUUGGAGGCACCUCUCGAGGAAUCACCUGAAGCUACUCCACCCGCCUCUUCACGGUCCCCUCUCGCAAAAGAAGUGCAGGCAAACCUUGCCAGAUUUCCUCAUUGCCUCCUCCUGACACGAGUGGGGUCUUUCUACGAGUCAUACUUUGGCCAAGCCAACGAGAUCGCGAGCUUGUUGAACAUCAAACUCACAAGCCGCAAAUGGGACGGAUCGCGAGUACCUAUGUGUGGAUUUCCCAUUGUCCAUCUCGACAAGUACCUCAAGGUUCUUGUUCAACAACACAAGAGAUCGGUCGCCAUGUGCGAAGAGUUUCCCCGCCAAACAGAAUUCGGAGAGAAAGAGUUCGAGCGCCGUAUUACACGGAUCAUCUCCCCUGGGACGCUCAUAGACGAACCCUUCCUUGAGCCAUCAGAGAACAACUUCCUCCUGGCUCUCGCUCUUCCGCUAGACGGGGGUGCCUCUUCUGUCGGACUGGCUUGGAUAGAUGUCUCGACCGGAGAGUUCUAUUCCAAGGACUGCCAACCAGAAAAUUUGGAAGAUGAAAUCGUCCGAAUCAAUCCCAAGGAAGUUGUCUUACCGUCUACAAUGCGCACUGUGGACAUCUCACGCAAUCCCGUCCUGGUGAUGCUCCAGCAGCAAAAUAUUCAUUUUGCCUUUCACGGCGUUGAACAACACCCUGAUGUAGUUUCGAUGUUACCAUUUACACCCACCCCUGCAUCCGCUUCAGCUGAGGGCGAAGCCGUAGCUCUCCUUUCCAAUUAUCUCCACUUUACACUUCUAGAACACGCCCCGUCUCUCGGUGCGCCGGUGCAUGAGAUGGACAACGGUCGAUUACACAUAGACGCGCACACAAUCAAAUCGCUAGAACUGCGAGAAACCGACUACGAAGGUGGCACGAGAGGCAGCCUUCUCAAUGUCAUCAAGCGCACUGUAACGACCAGUGGAACUCGGCGGCUGGCCCGUCGCCUUUGUUCUCCCAGUGCCUCUCGUCCUGAAAUCGAAGGCUGGCAAAACCUAGUUUCCUUCCUACUUCAACGGCCGCAUCUCAGCUUUGACCUUAGAGAAUCUCUGAAGAACGUUGGAGAUGUCGGCCGCAUCGUUCAGCGCUUUCUUCUUCGCAAAGGUAGUAUCGAUGACCUCGUCACUGUCAUGAAGACUAUCCAACUAUGGACGACAAUCACUUCAAGACUACAGCUCGAACGGCUUCUGGAGGGGAGGGGAGCGUUGGGCGAUUGGUCAAGUAUGGACCCAAUGCUGGGCCGCAUAUCGGACUUGUCUUCUCUGUCGAGGAGAAUCCAAGACGCCCUAACUAGGUGCGGUUCCAGAGAAGCGGAUGGCGAUCCUGAAGACAGCCUGAAGGAGAGUACUGGGUCCUCGAGAGAUACCCAAGCCAACUCCGAGUGGACAAUAAACCCACAGUUCUCACCCAAGUUGUUUUCUUUAUACGCUACUCUGCACGAUCUUCAGAGGCAGAAACAAGACAUGGAGGACAGGCUCCGGAUUAAUUAUGCGGCCCCUUCUCUGACUCUUCGCUCGUCCGCUCAGCAGGGAAUGCACGUCCAUCUCUCAAGAGCAAAGCGAGAUCAAGGAAAGUUGAACGAUGACCCUGCCUUUGUAAAGUUGGCAGAGACUGCUUCCACUAAAUGUUACCUCUACCAGCCUUGGUCACAAUUGGGUGGCCUGAUAGGAAGCACGAUGCUCGCCGUAGCUGCAGCGGAGAGAGAGGCCUUUUCAGAAUUAAUUGCCGAGGUUCUGUACUACGCAGACGAAUUGAAAGCCAACGUUGCUGCGCAAGAUGACCUGGAUGUUGCUCUGGGUUUUGCCACGCUGGCCAAGGAUUUAAACCUCGUGCGGCCAAAGAUAACGGAAAACGGGGAAUACCACGUGGUCAACGGUCGCCAUCCUGCAGUGGAACUGGGUCUUUUAGUCUCUGGUCGCACCUUCACGCCAAACACCAUCGAAAUGACCCCAUCGUCCAAUGUGCAUGUCAUUACAGGACCCAACAUGGCAGGCAAAUCAACCGCUCUGCGACAGACAGCGCUGAUCGCUGUAUUGGCGCAAAUUGGCUCAUUCGUCCCAGCCGACUCUGCCACGAUCAGCAUCGUUGACAAGUUGUUCACUCGAAUUGGUGCCAAAGACGACCUUUUCCGUGAUCGAAGUACUUUCAUGGUCGAAAUGAUGGAGACUGCAGAAAUUCUCCGGCGGGCAACUCCAAAUAGCCUGGUUAUCAUGGAUGAGGUCGGCCGUGGAACUACAAUGAAGGACGGACUGGCAAUCGCCUUUGCCACAAUCCACCAUAUCGCAACUGUAAACCGAAGUCGAUGCCUCUUUGCUACGCAUUUCCAUGAACUAUCAGAUAUGCUUGGUUGCGACGGGGAAUGGCAAGGUAGCGGCGUGUUCAACAAUGUCAGGUUCUACUGCACCGAUGUCGAUGAAUUAGACGAAGAUCGUUUCGUGUAUUCCUACAGGCUACAUCCCGGCGUGAACAGAGAUAGCCACGGGCUGAAGGUUGCUCAACUGGCAGGUCUCCCGCCCAGUGCCAUCGAUGUGGCUAGGCGAACCUUGUCCUGGUUGAACCAUAGUCGAGCCAUUCAUCAAGAGCCAGAUGCUGCAAGUCUAUCCAAUAUAUUGCAAAUGAAACCCCGUCCAUAG